AUGUGCGACGAAGAGGAGACCACCGCCCUGGUGUGUGACAACGGCUCUGGCCUGGUCAAGGCAGGUUUCGCUGGGGACGACGCCCCCAGGGCAGUGUUCCCUUCCAUUGUGGGUCGCCCUCGUCACCAGGGUGUCAUGGUGGGUAUGGGCCAGAAAGACAGCUACGUUGGUGAUGAGGCCCAGAGCAAAAGGGGUAUCCUCACACUGAAAUAUCCCAUUGAGCAUGGAAUCAUCACCAACUGGGAUGACAUGGAGAAGAUCUGGCACCAUACCUUCUACAAUGAGCUGCGUGUGGCCCCAGAAGAGCACCCCGUCCUGCUAACUGAGGCCCCGCUCAACCCCAAGGCCAACAGGGAGAAAAUGACUCAGAUCAUGUUUGAGACCUUCAAUGUACCUGCCAUGUAUGUGGCGAUCCAGGCUGUUCUCUCCCUGUACGCGUCUGGCCGUACCACCGGUAUUGUGCUGGAUGCUGGGGAUGGUGUGACCCACAAUGUGCCCGUAUAUGAGGGUUACGCCCUGCCCCAUGCCAUCAUGAGGCUGGAUCUGGCUGGCAGAGACCUGACCGACUACCUCAUGAAGAUCCUGACUGAGAGGGGCUACUCAUUUGUCACUACUGCUGAGCGUGAGAUUGUGCGUGACAUCAAGGAGAAGCUGUGCUACGUGGCUCUGGACUUUGAGAACGAAAUGGCCACAGCUGCCUCCUCCUCCUCCCUGGAGAAGAGCUACGAGCUGCCUGAUGGCCAGGUCAUCACCAUCGGAAAUGAGAGGUUCCGCUGCCCAGAGACCCUCUUCCAGCCCUCCUUCAUUGGCAUGGAGUCUGCUGGUAUUCACGAGACCACAUACAAUGGCAUCAUGAAGUGUGACAUUGACAUUCGCAAGGACCUGUAUGCCAACAAUGUGCUGUCUGGCGGUACCACCAUGUACCCUGGUAUCGGUGACCGCAUGCAGAAGGAGAUCACUGCUCUGGCUCCCAGCACCAUGAAGAUUAAGAUGAUCGCCCCUCCUGAGCGUAAAUACUCAGUGUGGAUCGGAGGCUCCAUCCUGGCUUCCCUGUCCACCUUCCAGCAGAUGUGGAUCAGCAAAGACGAGUACGAGGAGGCUGGGCCCUCCAUCGUCCAUCGGAAGUGCUUCUAAAGCUCCCCACGUGUCACCGUCCUCAGCCGUCCACGCUCACGCAGUCUGCCUCUCUCUGUGUCACUGCUACCAGUUCUGUGGAUGACUGCUAUCUUCCCGCCAUGGAUGACUUGUCCAGAUUUCUUGUUCCCAGGUUCUCGCAUUGGGUCGUAUGUUGGCCUGCGCAAUAAAAUUCCAGUGCA